UUGGACUCAUUUUUACGGUUAAACCCCAACGGAACUGUAACACAAUUCAUUCCCAAUUCGCUCUCUUUCUUCAAAUUCAUGCAUCGAAACAUCAACAAAGCAUCGUGAAAACACAGAUCGGAUCACGCGCUUACGGCGGAACACGGCGGAGCAGAGUCUCUUCCGUACAACAUUGCCGCUUGUUUGACACUUUCAGUUUCUCUCAAGGAUGUCUGUUGAUGCUGAGUUUCCCUAUGGUCCAUCCAUCUUAACUGACGAGAAAAUGCCAGAAGUGGGGAAUCCAGCUGUUCCAUGCCAAACUUCAUCUAGCAAUGAUGCUGUUGUGUUUACAAAAGAAACUUCGAACUGCCCUGCUGAUAAUGGUCAAAUGAAACGUAAUACAGCGUCAGAGAUAACAGGCAUUGAAGAAAUGAGUGGUGAAUCUGGUGGUUCAGACAAAAGUAAUGAUGAUGAAAAAUUAAGUAAAGGAAGUGCAGAAGCUGCAAAAGCAGAUGGCAACAAUGAAGACAAGUUACAAAGUGACCAAAGUGAGAACGCUGAAAAUGCAGACAGUGAUGGUCAAGGGGCACCGAGCAUGGUCACAGAAAUUAAAGGUGUCAAUGAAAUAGGAGGUGAUUUUAAAGGAGAUGUCCAAUUAGUAUGUGAAGAAAGUGCAGAUACUGAAAAGGUAGAGAGCAGUGGCCAAACUGCAGCUAGCACUGUUAUAGAGAUAAAAGCUGUUGAAGAAAUUAAGGGUGAAUCUACUGGUUCAAGGAAAAAUGAUAAGAGUGUGGAUGCUGAAGAGGCGAAUAUCAACAGUUCAAUGGCUGUCAACCCUGUUAUUGAGACAGUAGGCAUGGAAGAAAUGAGAGGCGAAUCUAGUGACCCUCGCAGAAGUAAUGAUGGCAGCAGUGAAGAAAGUGGGGAAGCUGAAAAAGCAGACAGCAGCUGCCAAAGGGCACCUCACUCAGCCAUGGAGAUGACGACAUUGGAGAAAAUGGGAUGUCUAUCUAGUUUUGUAGAGAACAGCAGCGGAUACAUUAAUGGUCAAGAGCCACCCAACACAGUCACCAAAAUCAAAGGAAUUAAUGAAAUAGGAAGUGAUUUUAAUGGUGAUGUCAAAUUAGUAUGUGAAGAAAGUGCAGAUACUGAGAAGGUAGAGAGCAAUGGCCAAGCGUCACAUAGCACUGUUACAGAGAUUACAGCCAUUGAAGAAAUUAGGCCUGAAUCUAAUGGUUUAAGCAAAAUUGAUGAUAGUGUGGAUGCUGAAAAGGCUGGUAGCAACAACUCACUGGCUACCGACAUUGUUACUGAGAUCAGUGAAUUAGAAGACGAAUCUAAUGGUGCAGAGAAAAUUAACAAUGUGUCUGAGAUCACUGGAAUACAAGUUGAGUCUAAUGGUGCAGAGGAAAUAAGUGAUGAUAAACUAGCAUGCCAAGAGAGCACAAACACAGAAAAAGGAGGUGAUUCUAAUGGUGAUGUCAAAUUAGUAUGUGAAGAAAGUUUGGAUACUGAGAAGGUAGAGAGCAAUAGCCAAGCGGCACCUAGCACUGUUACAGAGACUACAGCCAUUGAAGAAAUUAGGCCUGAAUCUAAUGGUUUAAGCAAAAUCGAUGAGAGUGUGGAUGCUGAAAAGGCUGGUAGCAACAAUUCACUUGCUACCGACAUUGUUACUGAGAUCAAUGGAUUAGAAGAUGAGUCUAAUGGUGCCGAGAAAAUUAACAACGUUUCUGAGAUAACUGGAAUACAAGUAGAGUCUAAUGGUGCGGAGGAAAUAAGUGAUGAUGAACUAGCAUGCCAAGAGAGCACAAACAGUGAAAAAGGAGGUGAUUCUGAUGGUGAUGUCAAAUUAGUAUGUGAAGAAAGUUCAGAUACUGAGAAGGUAGAGAGCAAUGGCCAAGCGGCACCUAGCACUGUUACAGAGAUUACAGCCAUUGAAGAAACUAGGCCUGAAUCUAAUGGUUUAAGCAAAAUCGAUGAGAGUGUGGAUGCUGAAAAGGCUGGUAGCAACAGUUCACUGGCUACCGACAUUGUUACUGAGAUCAAUGGAUUAGAAGAUGAGUCUAAUGGUGCAGAGAAAAUUAACAAUGUUUCUGAGAUCAUUGGAAUACAAGUUGAGUCUAAUGGUGCAGAGGAAAUAAAUGAUGAUAAACUAGCAUGCCAAGAGAGCACAAACACUGAAAAUGCAGACAGCCAAAUUCAGAGUGUAUCCAACGUGGUCAGUGAAAUCAAAGGAACUGAAGAUAUCGAAGGUGAAUCUGAUGUCGCAUACAAAAGGACUGAUGGAAACUCAACCUGUGGAGAAAGGAAGGAUGCUGAAGCAAUGAAUAGUGGAAGUCCAGUUCAUACAGGCAUUGAUGCUGUCACAUCUGGAAAGGAGAGCACGAAUAACCCGGUUAAUGAUGUUCAAAAUGUGCACAACACUGUCUUCGAGACUAUAUGCAAUGAAGAAAUUGGAAGUGCCUCUAAUGGUGACAAAGAUAUAGAUGACAAAGUGAUGCGCCAAAGAGAUGAGGAGUCUAAAAGAUUGCAGAGUGAUGGUCUAGCUAGUGAAGGGAUGUCCAGUGAUGCUGAAUUUUCACGUGGCCUGUGUAUUUUAGCUGAUGCAAGACUGUCUGAAGUAGAGAAUUCUUUUACUUCGAUCAGCAGAGACAUGUCUAGCAAUGAUGCAAUUGCGUGGGGAAAUGAAACUUGUGAUAGCUGUAUUUCUCAUGGUCAAAGUCCAGUGGACAUGGUUCAAGAGACCAAUGGUAAAGAAGUAGAACAUGAAUCUAAUGGUGUGGACAGAAGUGGGGAUGAUAAACUGAUGUGCGAAGAAAUUGAGGAUGGCAAAAGAUUCAACUGCAGUAGUCUAGCUGCUGAAGGGAUGUCUUGUAAUACUGAGUUUUCCCAAGGCCUAUCUACUUUCGCUGAUUCAAACUUUUCUGAGGUGGGUAAUUAUUGUGCUUCAAGUACUAAAGACAUGUCUAGCAACGAUGCUUUUGGGGUCAAAAAUGAAGCUUUGUAUAGCUGUGCUGAUGAUUCUCGACUGGGACCUAACUUGGUCAAAGAGGGUAGUGGAGUUGAAAAUUUGGAAGGUGUAUCGAAUGGUGUGGACAACAGUAUUAACAACGGAAUACUUUACGAGAACUGCGGGGAUACUGAAAAAUCGCACAUUGGUUCAGAUAAUGUGGGGGUGCAUGGUGAUGCUGAAGUUCCCAUUGACCAGUCUGUUUUAGCUGAUGUAAAAUUGUGUGAAGUUGGGAACUCUUCUGCUUCAAGUAAUAAAGAUGUGUGUCGCGAUGUUGUAUCUGGAAAUACUUUAAAUGAGCCUGUUCAUGACAGUAAAAUGGUGCCCAUGCCUUAUACGGCUAUAGAGUUCAAUGGCAUUAAGAAAGAUGAAGGCGAAUCCAGUGUUGCAGACCAAACCAGUGAUGACAAAUUUUUACAUGAAAGUGAAGAUGCUGAAAAACCACAGAGCACAAAUAUUGAUGAAAGGAUGUCUGGCUUAGAGUUGUCUGUAGCGGGAAAUACUUCCGCUCCAAGCACUAGAGAUGUUCCUAGCAAUGAUGCUGUGACAUUUGGGAACGAGACUUUGACUUGCCCAAUCGAAAUUGAUCAAGAGUCAGCCAAGAUGAGCAUAGAGAUUGCAGGCGCUGAAGAAACGGGAGGUGGUUCAGACAGGAGUAAUGAUGACAAACUAAUGUGUGAUCAAAGUGGGGAUGCUGAAAUUUCAAGUACUAAUGAUGUGUUGACCACUUCGGCUGAGUGUUCCUCCGUGGACGCUGUGGCUGUAAGGGAUAUGAAUGUGAGUGCAGCAAAGGGAUUUAACUUCCUGAUAAGGAUGCCUAGAUUUGAUGAUGAAAAACUCCGAGAACGUAUCAGAGUAGCUGAGCUAAAUGUUGAUGAGAAGACGCAGCACAGGGAUGCCUUUAGACAAAAAAUCCGAAACAAAAGAGUCAAUUGCCAAACUCAUGGUGCUGAAUUUGAAGCUGCCAAAACUCAAGAGAGAGAUGCUAGAAAGCAAGUUAGGACAAAGCGUGCAGAGAUCUCAACUCUUCAAGAUGUGAUUGAUAAAGCAAAGAAUGCAGUUGCCAUUGAUGAGAUUGACAAUAGGAUUUGUAAUAUGGAACACAUUAUUGGGCAUGAAACUCUACCUUUGAAGGAGGAAAAGCUCCUAAUUCGUGAAAUCAAGCAACUGAAGCAGCUUCGUGGGCAGAUUUCAUCCAACAUUGGCAGGCAGGAUGAAGUGCAGAAGGCUCUGGAUGAGAGAGUUGUAAACGAAGAGCAAUUGAGGAUCUUGAAGAAAGAGCUUGAUAACCUUAAGGUCAAGGCCUCAAAAGCUGAAACAAUUGCGAUGGCAGCUAGCCGAAAAUAUGAAGAUGAGAGUCGAAAGCUCAAAGAAUUGCAAGCGCAGUUUAAAGCUGCAGAUGAUAUCCGACAAGAAGCAUAUGAAGAAUUGCGGAAUUUAAAAAAGGGAUUCUAUGAGAAGAAUGUUCAUUUCCGGACAUACAAGGAUGAAGCGACUUUGGCUAGUGAUCAUGCACGAAAGAGAGAAAUGGAGGCUCUUAAUCACCUCUGUGUGAAUCAGGUCGAAAGGUACAUGGAACUUUGGAAUAAGAAUGAUGAGUUCAGAAAGGAGUACAUCAGGUGUAAUACAAGAAGUACGUUGAGGAGAUUUGGGACCUUGGAUGGUCGUACACUUGGCCCUGAUGAGGAGCCAACUGUACUUCCCAGUUACGUGGAGCAAAGAGCUGCUAGGCUGGUUACUCGUGUAGAUAAAGCUAAUUUUGUGUCACAAGCUCCAGUCUCUCAGCAAGAAAAGCAAGCAGUAGUUUUAAAGGAUGAAAUUAAGGAUGACAAAAUCACGACGCAAGCAGCAGAAAAAAUGAACCCGAUUGAGAAAAUGAAAGAAGCUCCGAAACCAAUUCAAAGAGAGAUGAGUGUGGUUGAUGAGCCAAAAGAGGCCGAGCAACUGCAAACUGCUCAGGAGCUGGAGGCUGCUAGAAAGGAGGAGGAACAGAGGAAGCGUGAGGAAGCAGCCAGGUUGAAAGAGCAACGACGGUUGGAGGAGAUUGCAAAGGCUAAGGAGGCAUUAGAAAGGAAAAGACGCAAUGCAGAAAAGGCCCAACUGAGGGCUGAAUUACGAGCCCAGAAGGAAGAAGAACAGAGACUGAAGGAGAAGGAGAAAAGACUGCGAAAGAAGGAAAGGAAGAAGGGUGCUGUAGGUGAAACACAGACCGAAACUAAUGAUGGUGAAACUGCUCUGAUUUCCACCAGCCCGAGAGAAACUGUCAAGGAGCCGGAGGCUACUGAGAAUCCUCAAACGACCACUAAGAAACCUCAGAAACCAUCUCAAUAUACAAAGCAAAUCAAGACAAAAUCCACCAUUCCUCCCCCGCUUCGCAACAGAAGCAGAAGGAAAUUGCAGCAAUGGAUUUGGUUAACUAUUUCUUGCUUGGUUGUUAUUGCUCUAUUUUUUCUAGGAAACAUUGGCUUCUUCACCAAUUUGAAGCAGCGAGGAAGCCCGAGAUUUUAGUGCCUUAACCUUGUUGGUUUUGGCUUGAAGUGAGACAGAUUGCUUUAUUUUACAGAUGGAAUAGGCCAUUCUUUUACUCUAUACAUAUAGUGUUGGUUCAUCAUAGUUUUGAACAUUCUUGGUUCUUAUUAGUAGUGAUAAGACAUUUUAAAACAACAGAUAUAACAUUUUCAUAUAUUGGUAUUUAUUGCAAAACAUAUGUGUAAUAAUCCCAUUGAUUGCCUUGCUUGCUUAAUUAUCCUGCUACAUGGUA